AUGAGCCAAACCCUGCGAUUCUUCCGCGCGGCGACCGGAUUACGGCUGGAUACCCUCGUCUGCACGCGGGCAUUCGCGACACAAGCACCUGGAGCGCCUAGGUUCCAAGUCUUCAAUCGGCGGACUAAAUGGCUUCAGAAGGAGCGCGCUGCGUCAGAUGUAGAAAAUAGUCGGGUGGCAGAUUACCUCAAGGAUGAAGUCGCCAUCAGGCUAUGUGAAAGGCUGCUGGAUAUCAAGCGGGAAUUCCCCAAGGUCCUUGAUCUAGGCGCCAAUUCCUGCAAUAUCGCCCGGGCCCUCACGAGGGAGAACCCCGAUCCCGACCCAGACAAUCCCAUCUCCGACCCCAUCGCGAAAAGAGUCACAGAGUUAAUCGCCGCGGAUUCCUCUGAGAAAAUGCUCUACCGUGACGCCGACUUACCCUUCAACAAAGAGAUAAACAUUACGCGUCAAGUUCUCGCCGAUGAGGAGAGCCUCCCUUACGAUUCAGAGACGUUUGACCUCGUGCUGAGCUCGCUCAGCAUGCACUGGAUCAAUGAUCUACCCGGUGUUCUCUCGCAGAUCAACAACAUUUUGAAGAAAGAUUGCGCCUUCAUGGGCGCGAUGCUUGGUGGCGACACGUUAUUCGAACUUCGCACGUCACUCCAGCUCGCAGAGCAAGAGAGGCUUGGCGGCAUCUCCCCUCAUGUAUCCCCCCUGGCCGACGUCAGAGAUGUGGGUGGCCUGCUACAAAAGGCCGGCUUCAAGAUGUUGACCGUCGACGUUGAUGACAUCAUUGUCGACUACCCCAACAUGUUUGCUUUGAUGCAAGAUCUGCAGGCCAUGGGUGAGGGUAACGCUAUCCUAGGUCGGGAGAUGGGCCCCAUUGGGAGGGACGUUCUCCUUGCGGGCGAAGCUAUCUACCGCGAGCUUCACGGAAACGAGGACGGCAGUCUCCCGGCCACGUUUAGGAUUAUAUAUAUGAUCGGAUGGCGUGAAGGCGAGAAUCAAGCGAAGCCUUUGGCAAGGGGUAGUGGCCAGGUCAACCUCAAGGACAUCUUGGAACAAAAAUAA